AGUAAACCGACUCCUUGGAUGGCCACUGGAGGGCGCUCUUCAAUAUUGCCGUAGUAGGUGAUGCUUGACAUCGGAGAGGUAAUUGUCGUUGCGCUUUUAUGUUGAAAAGCCUAGGGAUUUUGUCACUAGCAGGAUGCCUGGUCAGACGUUAUGUCGCAUCGACGUCGGUCGUCAGCCGUACUUCCUACAAACCACUGCCAAGAAUGGAGGCAAAGAUGGAUUUGAUCUGGUCAUGACAGACGCAGUCAACUCGUGGGAGGGGCAAAUUUCUCGCCAGAGGUUGACCCAGCUCGCUAAAAAAGUCAACAUGAGCCUCGAAGAAUUCACUGAGCACACACAGAAAGCACUGACGAGACAAGACAUGGGCGAGUUGGCGUUUGAAUAUCACUUUAAAACUGAUGCAAACAAGUCAGAGUUCUCGUGGAAGAAAGUGAUGUCCAAUGAAAACAUCAAGUUUCAACUCGGCUCAGUGGCGCUGGACGUAGUUGAAGAUUCCGCGGAGAGCAUUCAAGACCUCUUCAUCUUCACCAUCGACAACGCCGCAUCCCUGAGGGACAACAUCCGUCUCCUGGAAGGAGAGAACGAACGGCUGUCCACAGAGAGAGCUAAUGCCCUCAAAAGGCUGGAGAAGUGCGUCGGGAUGCAUGAGGAGAUGGAAAAGGAACUCUUCUCAAAGUUCCAAGUUGUGUUGAACGACAAGAAAGCAAAGAUUAGACGACUCAAGCAAGAAGCCAACUCAGCAUCUGCCAACAAUUCAGCCAAGCAAAGGACUCAGGACAUACAUUCAUCAGGGGAGGAAAGCAACCACGAACAAACAGUCGAAUCAGAAGGUGAAGAGGUCAGCACGGAUGAGGAAUCCAAGGCAGCCAAAAGACCUCCAAAGAGAACUGGGCCUUCUAAGCGAGUGGACCAAGACAGCAGUCUGAUCCUUGGGGAGGAACCCACCAAUGAGGCAGCUCCUGGGGGCAAAAGGAGGAGGAGAAGGGAAGUCACAAACAAACAAACCCCAUCCAAGCCUACCGUUCCCAAAGUUUCCUCCGGUAGAACAGAAAGGAGUGCUACGCCUUCGACCCCAGGCACUUCUGAAACAGGGCGCCUGUCACGGACCACGUCCAGUCGAUCCUCCAAAUCUGAUCCAGACGCAGACAUGCUGUUUGAUGAGCUGUAGACAUUAAAAAGGCAGUAGUACAACUCGGGUUUCAUGUGGGUGGCUGGGAGAGGGUGGGGGCAGAGAAGAGGAGGGCACAAAUGGGUUUGGUUUAAGUUUCAAACGAUACAAAGCUCGGUUUUGCUUCAUCAAAUUUUGAGAGGGGGACACAUUGGCAUAGGCCUCGUGUUCCCUCCCCGUUAGCCUUGGUCAAGGCGGUCGACGAUAGUGUCCAAGGAUUGAUGGCCGGCCUCUAAACAGAAGCUGCGCUCACUCACAUCAUGACUCCAAGCGAUCAUCGGACACUAUCCUCGAGCGCCUUGACCAAGGCUAAUGCAUGGGGAGGGGGCAUUAGCCUUGACCAAGGCUACCUCCACAAGUGUUCCCCAUCCCCUUUCCCAGAAUCUCUUUGAAGUUAGUUAGAACCUGGAACCGAAGCCAAAAAUGAAGUCUAAGUUUGAGGAAUGGACUAGAUAUCCUUUAAUAGUCAUUAGGAUAUUUUUCUACAUGUAAACUUUGAACAUAUAUAAACACACUUUGAUUCAUCAUAGGAAAUAAAAAAAAUGUUAAAAGGUUUUAGGUAAAGUUUGUGUACUAUUUUUUUUUUACAAUUUUAACUCUGAAAUAUAUUGAGAAUUGUGUAAAAUUGUGAUUCAUUUGACCAAAAUAAGGCUAGAUGUCGAUCAGUCACAAUAAAAGGUGUUUUUCAAAA